AUGUCUUUUCUUCAAAAUAGCAUCGACUCUCUCUUCGAGGAGAACGUCCCAUCUCCUCUCUACCUUCUCCCAGCGGAAAUCCGCAACAACAUCUUCAAGGAAGCCGUCUUCGAUGGCAAGGCGGCCCUCACUAUCGAGAUCAAUGAGACAGGCAAAAUCAUCUUUCCUCCGCUGAUGGCUGUCUCCAAGCAAAUUCACAAUGAGACAUACGGCUACAUUGCCGCAGCCCUCCGGAACCCUGCCACAAAAUUCGAAGCCAAAGUGCGUGGUUACGAUGCCAAACCCCUUCUCGCUACCAUUCAACGCAUCUCUCAGCAAACAGGGAGUGCGCAAAGCGAGUUGGUGGCACGCACUCACGUGCGCUUUGUUGGGGGCAUGGAUAUGGGUAGGCUACUCGUGUGGAUCCAGGGUAACAUCACAAACCCCAAGGCCACUCCCGUCUUCCCCUUCGAGAAGAUGGAUAUCCCACACUUCGCGGGCGAAAACGUCUUCGAAGGAAGACUGUCUCUCAAGUCGCACAUCAUCUCCUAUCAGCAGUUUGAGAAGCGCGACAAGCUUGUUACGUGGAAUUACUACGCAAGGGAAUUCCUCACCACUCUAGAAGUCAGACAGUUGGAGGUGCUUGGCGAGACAAAACAGGACUUGUGGCUGGAUGAAAGCGAUGCUACAAUCCAGGCGGCUGUCUUCAAGACGUUUGCUUGGUGGCACGAUAUCUUUCUUCAAAAGAAGAAGAUCCAAGCUCGCGUUCUUGGGCUAAAAGAGCGGAAGCGCGUGGAAGACGAUCACAUCUAUGUUGCUUCGGCGAUGUCGGAAUUUGGACACCACCUUGAGAUGGCAGCGCAGCGCUGGCAGUAG